AUGGCUUCCAAUAAGCCAGUAUUCAGCGAGCCGGGUCUCGAGCCAGAGAAAACCAGCAGUACAGAAACUUCCCCAAAGGCCAGCAACUAUGAAGAUGGCAGACUGGAGGGAACCCAGCAAUACCUUAACCUGGGCUUCUGGACCCGAAUGGGCUGUACCCCAGAAUCUUUCAAGCGCAGGACCACCACCGACAAAGUCAACCAGUUGAAUCAGACCCUACGUUCGCGUCAUAUGCACAUGAUUGCCAUUGGUGGUUCAAUCGGCGCUGGCCUCUUCGUCGGCACAGGCUCCGCUCUGCGAAGAGGAGGUCCCGCUUCACUACUUCUCGACUACGCCAUUGUCGGAAUCAUGAUCUUCAACGUCGUCUUCGCCCUUGGGGAACUGUGCAUCAUGUACCCCAUCUCCGGCGGGUUCUACACGUACUCGACCCGCUUUAUCGAUCCGUCCUGGGGCUUUGCGAUGGGAUGGAAUUAUUGUUUCCAAUGGGCGAUCGUCCUACCUCUCGAAAUUACGGUGGCUUCGUUCACCAUCUAUUUCUGGACUUCAGACGUGCAUGUCGCCGUAUGGAUAUCGAUGUUCCUGGCCAUCAUCCUGAUCAUCAACGUCUUCGGAGUGCUGGGUUAUGGCGAGGAAGAAUUCUGGUCGAGCGCCCUCAAGCUCUCAGCCAUCGUGAUCUUUAUGAUCAUCGGCCUGGUCUGUGUCUGUGGAGGCGGUCCAAGCGACGGUCUCUACAACGAAUACUGGGGAGCUCGGCUGUGGCAUGACCCAGGGGCAUUCCGCAACGGCUUCAAGGGCUUUUGUUCUGUCUUCGUCACAGCCGCGUUUGCGUUUUCCGGUACUGAACUGGUCGGUCUCGCGGCCGCCGAGUCGAGAACGCCAUUGAAGUCGCUCCCGUCGGCCGUCAAACAGGUAUUUUGGCGCAUCACUCUCUUCUACAUCCUGGCCUUACUCUUCGUCGGUCUACUUGUACGGUCAGACGACGAGCGACUUCUGGGUGCUAACCCUUACAUCGACGCACAAGCAUCGCCGUUUGUAUUGGCCGCUCAAGAUGCGGGACUCCACGGGUUCGACUCGUUCAUGAAUGUCGUCAUCUUGAUCUCCGUCAUUUCCAUUGGCAACAGUGGCGUCUAUGGAGGCAGUCGCACAUUGACGGCCUUGGCUGAACAGGGGUAUGCGCCCAAGAUCUUCGCCUACGUCGAUCGAGCAGGCCGUCCGACCGUCUCGACAGUGACCAUCAUCGCAUUCGGCGCGCUGGCGUACAUGGGCGUUGCAGAGUCCGGGAUCGAAAUCUUCGACUGGCUGCUCGCGCUGUCCGGACUAGCCGCCCUUUUCACCUGGGGCUCGAUUUGCCUGGCCCACAUCCGGUUCCGAGCAGCAUGGCAUCACCACGGGCGCAGUCUUGACGAGAUCCCCUUCAAAGCCAUCGGCGGCGUCUACGGCUCAUACACGGGCUUGGUCCUCAUUGUUCUGGUGCUGAUUGCCCAGUUUUACGUGGCUAUCUGGCCUCCUGGCGGCGGGACCAAUGACGCGGAGGGGUUCUUCAAGGCAUACCUCGCCCUGCCGGUCGUCAUGUUCUUCUGGCUCUGUGGGUAUCUGUGGAAGAGACAGGGGUGGUUGAAACUCGAUCAGAUCGACCUUGACACGGGACGUAGAGAGAUUGACUGGGUGGCUCAUCAUGCUCUGAUGGAGAAGAGGAAGAACGCGAGUUUGCCGAUGAGAAUCGUUUACUUUAUGUUCUAG